AUGACGACACCAAACCCCUCAACCCCCUUCGAAGAAGGCGUCUUCCUUCCAGGCGGCCACAACACCGAUCCUCCUCUGCCCGAGUCCAGCCCCACGACUGGCUACAAGCUCAACCACAGCAUGCUGCGCAUCCGCGAUCCCAAACGCUCGCUACACUUCUACAUCAACCUCAUGGGCAUGCGCACCGUCUGGACCAUGAACACCGGCCCCUUCACCAUCUAUUACUUGGGCUAUCCCUCCACCGCCGACGACCGCGCCGACCUCCGCGGCUGGUCCGCCCGCGUCUCCGACCCCCGCACCCUCACCCAGACCCUCGGCCUCCUCGAGCUGUACCACAUCCACGGCUCCGAGAAGCCCGUCGCCGACGGCGGCAUCGAGGUCUCCACCGGAAAUACCCCGCCCCAUCUGGGCUUCGGCCAUCUGGGCUUCACCGUGCCUGAUGUGCCUGCUGCGCUCGACCGUCUGCGCGCUGGCGGUGUCCCCGUGCUGAAGGACUUGGAUUGCCUUUGUCGCGGAUCCGGAUGGGUAUAUUGUGGAAUUGGUGCCGCAGAAUAUGGCGUAGACCGCGCAUGUCAUGACAAGACAUAA